AGCGACAAUUGCGCCGUAGAGCAAAAAUAAGUAGAGUGCAAACGACAGGACAGCAGGGAGGACUGUCUGCAGGAGACAAGGACUUGGGAGACACCAACAGGAUCAUAGAACUGAAAGUGAUGAAAGUUUUUUGAUUUUUUCCUCAGCGCCGUUUGGGAAUAUUAUCGAACACGACGAAUGCGGACAUCUACUUACAACAGGAAAGCAAAUUCUGAGAAGAAAUGGCAAAUGUACACCUGAGAUACCUCUUUGCUUUGGCCUUAGUGCACGUCGUUUUGUCCUCUGGUGUGUUUGAGCUGAAAAUAAACUCAUUCCACACGGCGCAACGCAUCUGCAGAAGACACAGGGACUGUCAUAUAUUUUUCAGAAUUUGCCUUAAACACCCGGAGGAUGUGAUCUCCGCUGAGCCGCCGUGCACCUUCGGCACCGGACACACCAACGUCAUCAGGGCCGAUCACACCUCCAUUUCCAGCAGCGCUCCCAUCAGGGUGCCCUUCCACUUCAAGUGGCCGGGAACAUUCUCGUUGAUCAUUGAAGCCUGGAAUGCUGAAUCUCCGACUGAGUACACGGACAACCAAAACAACCUUGUGAGCCGUCUGGCGACCAGGAGGAGACUUGCCAUCGGUGAGGACUGGUCCCAGGACGUGCACUUUGGCGAACAAAGCGAGCUGCGCUACUCCUACCACGUCUACUGCGACGAGUACUACUUUGGAGACGGCUGUGCUGACUAUUGCAGGCCGAGAGACGACACGCUGGGCCACUACACCUGCGACGAAGAGGGCAACCGCAUCUGCCUGGAGGGCUGGAAGGGAAACUACUGCUCCGAGCCCAUCUGCUCGGCGGACUGCAGUGAGAGGCAUGGCUACUGCGAGGCCCCAGGGGGCUGUACAUGUCGCAUGGGCUGGCAGGGCCCCUCCUGUAAUGAAUGCGUACGCUACCCAGGCUGCCUCCAUGGGACUUGCAGCCAGCCGUGGCAGUGUAACUGUCAGGAGGGCUGGGGGGGCCUCUUCUGUGAUCAGGACCUCAAUUACUGCACCAACCACAAGCCCUGUGCCAACGGUGCAACCUGCACCAACACUGGCCAGGGCAGCUACACCUGCACCUGCCGGCCCGGCUUUGGAGGCACCAACUGUGAGCUGGAAACCAACGAGUGUGACAGCAACCCAUGCAAAAAUGGAGGCAGCUGCAAUGACCUGGAGAACGACUAUUCAUGCACCUGUCCACAGGGAUUCUACGGUAAGAACUGCGAGAUCAUUGCCAUGACCUGUGCAGAUGGUCCCUGCUUCAACGGAGGCACCUGUGUAGAGACGAUGACUGGAGGCUACACCUGCCGUUGCCCUCCCAGCUACACUGGCUCCAACUGUGAGAAGAAGCUGGACCGCUGCAGCAACAAGCCCUGUCUGAACGGUGGUGAGUGUCUGGACCUUGGCCAGAGCGUCUUGUGCCGCUGUCAGGCAGGCUUCACUGGUGCCAAUUGCCAGGUCAACAUUGACGAUUGUGCCUCAACCCCCUGCCAGAAUGCUGGAACCUGCCAAGAUGGUGUGAAUGACUACACCUGUUCCUGCACCCUGGGGUACACCGGCAAGAACUGUAGCGUGCGCUCAGAUGCCUGUGGUGCCCGCCCAUGCCAGAACGGUGGCACUUGCUUCACCCACUUCACCGGUCCAGUAUGCCAGUGCCCCAAGGGCUUUAUGGGUCCAAGCUGUGAGUUCACGCUCCAGCCCAGUUUCAAGCCUGCUUUGCGUCAAGCCUCCCAGCCCUCCUCUGCCACCCUCACUGUCUCCUGUGUUCUGGCUGUCCUGGUGCUGGUUCUGGUGGCAGGUAUUAUCUUCUUAAGGAGGAGGAGAAGACUGCAGGGAAGGAAGCACCUAAGCGACAUUGCAGUCUACAAUGACUUGGAGACAGUCAACAACCUGGGAGGAAAUGAAAGAGAAGCAUUCCUCAGUCCUAAUGGCCUGUUCAAGAUAAGCAAUGGCACGGCUCGCCUCAGCCUCUCCCUCUGCCCAGACGGAAGAUCUGGGUACAGGCACAAUCCUGUGGAGAGCAGCCUGGCCAGAGGCGAGCGGCAGGACUUUAUGUGGAGGGAGGAGGCCGGCCUGGGCUCUGUGGCAGGGCCAAGAUGAGACAGAGGGAACACAUUGACGUUCACACAGGGGUAAAUGAAUAUUAGCACUUGUUGCUCCUCUCUCUUCAUACAUAGUGAUGAAAGUGAUGAAAGGAACAAAUCCAUGAGCUGAAAACCACUCUGCUUAUGCAGGCGAUAAUGUACCAUUAAAAAUGUAAGAAUAAGAAACAAAUUAUGGACAAAUGAACUGUUCUGAUGAAGAUUGUUUACAAAGAUUUAUGGAAAAAGUAUAUAGGGCAAAGCUCUUUCAUGUUUAAGACCCAAAGAAAAAAAUAAUACCAUCCACUUUUCAUAGGACCUACAACACAUAACACAUACCAAAUACAGGAAGUCACAAUACUCUGACCACCCAAAAGAUUGGGUUAUUAUUUUCAUUAUGUUGACUUUAUUUAAUUGUUUCUCAUUUUUUAAACAGAGAAUUUUUGUUUUGCUUUUCAAUCUUCCUUUGGACAUUAUUUCCUUAUUGUGCGCACCAUCAUUUUUAUUCUUUAUAUAUUUAUUUAUUUGAAAAUUCAUGUUUAUGGCUUCACUUUGAUUGUCACAGAUGUAGAGAUAUAUUUAUAUGAUGCUGAAUGGAGACCGACGCUUGAUGUUGUAUCUGGAUGUUUUAUGGGCUGUGAAGGUGGUGUGAAGUAUCCCAAAGAUAUUCAGUGCAGGGAUAGAAGUUAAAUGUGCUUUAUUGCACAAAGUCAGCCAUUACUGUAAUUUAUAUACUACUGAUCACUCUUUCAUGUGCCAUUUUGUGUUCAUGCCAAAGUUUGUGUUAUGUUACAUGUUUUCAUUCCUAUUAUUUAAUUUCAUCAUGUUGUGGUUGUGAUGUGGAAUAAAAUAUUUGCUUUGAUGAGA